GCCUUCGCGCAGGCGGGAGUCGUCGCUCUCCGCGGUAAUCCGUCGCGUCGUCUAUUUUCGUUCGCGCGAGAUACGACCGGCGGCGGCGCUGACACGUUUGAACGUGCACUAACGAGAGUGAUACAUUUAGGCGAUGGGCAUCAUCCGCGACUACGAUGACGUAGUUCCGCGAGAUUCGCGGCAUCCUCACGUUCCGAGGUCCCACCGGCGAGGUUAACGAGCACGAUUCUCCCUGGAUCGCGCGGCUACGACAACAAAAACAUCGAUCGACCGGCGGCUGAUCUUGAACGCGCGAGUCGGAGAUGGAACGAGGUUUCCACUCGCGGCCGCGGUGCGAACGUGACUGUUGACACCGCGUCGACAGCGAGCUUUCCGGCACGAGGAGCCGAGCUCCCCUGGUCUCCUACCAUCCCGACGACGACGUUGUCAACGCGUUGUCCAGGCGGCAUCGAUCAACCAGCCGUGAGAAAGUGAGAUUGAGCAGGUCUCUCUCUUUGUCAAUAUAACCAAGUGCGACUCGCGAGACGGUGCAAGCUCGUGAGAGCACAUCACCCGGACCGUCGCUCCGACGUUCGCGUCGUGCCACGCUUCCGCGUCCCGUGUACAAUGGCAGACGCUUCGCGAAUCGGUCGUCCCGGCGGUCCUCCACGAGCGACGGGAGAAGAAGUCACGCGCGGGGCCCGUCAGUGAUCGAACGAAGACCGCGGCGUCGUAUAUCGAUACGCCGUACAGUGCCGCUUGCGAGUCCUGUGUGUGCCGCGAAAACGCGCCAAUAAGGAAGAGAAGAGAAGAACGUUGUCGGCGAAGCGCGUUCUUCGAGACGACUCGAUGAUGCGCGAGUGCUGAUCAGCGCGCGUCUCGGGUUCUCCCUUUUUUUUCCCUUCGUCGUCCUUGUCAUCAUCGUCGUCUGUGCGCGCGCUAUCAGACACCACGGAGAAUAGAAAGAACAGCGGGGUCUACCCUCGGCUAUAUUAACGAAGAUGUGCAGCGGCGGUGGAUUGAUCGAUCGGUUGCUCUUGUUAGCGGCGUUCGGAAUCACAGUGCAAGGGCAGCUGAAAAGUCCACGGAUAACCGAGCACCCGUCCGACAUAAUCGUCGCGAAAAAUGAGCCGGUGACGUUGAACUGCAAGGCGGAGGGCAAGCCCGAGCCGGUGAUAGAGUGGUACAAGGACGGCGAGCUUGUGCAGACAUCGCACAAGGGUGACACCAAGUCGCGGCGAGUCCUGCUGCCUACGGGAUCCCUGUUCUUUCUGCGUGUGAUGCACGGCAAGAAGGAGCAGGAUGGCGGUGUUUACUGGUGCGUCGCGAGGAAUCAGGCAGGAUCCGCCCCGAGCAGGAACGCCACUCUCACGGUCGCAGUGCUGCGAGACGAGUUUCGCGCCGAGCCGCAGAACACGAGGGUCGCCGCCGGGGAGACCGCGCUACUGGAGUGCGGGCCGCCUCGCGGCCAUCCGGAACCGACUCUCCAUUGGAAAAGGAACGGUCACAUAAUAGACCUGGAAGCAACGAAACGGAUAACUCUUGUGGACGGGGGCAACCUGAUGAUAUCCGACGUGAAGCAAGCCGAUCAGGGCAAAUACCAGUGCAUCGCCGAGAAUAUGGUCGGCGCCAAGGAGUCCGCGAUAGCGACUCUCACGGUUCACGUGAAGCCGUACUUCUUAACCACACCGUCGAACCAGACGAUCCUCACGGAUCAGACGGCGGAAUUCGCCUGCAGGGUGGGCGGCGACCCACCACCGGAGAUCCUAUGGCGGCGGAGCGACGGCAAGAUGCCCAUAGGUCGGGGGCACAUCCUGGACGACAAGAGUCUACGCAUCGAACGGGUGAAUCCCCAAGAUUACGGCACGUACAUCUGCCAGGCUGAGAACAGCGUCGGCAUCAUAUCAGCGAGCGCCACUCUUACCGUGCAUUCGAAACCAGUAUUCACCAACUUCCCCAAGGACGAGACGGUGAGCGCCGGCACUGAUGUCACCAUCUCGUGCGCGGCGCGCGGCGUCCCGAAGCCGUCGAUAUUUUGGACCCGGGAGGGCUCUCAGGAGCUAAUGUUCCCCGGCAACACGUAUCAAAGCCACUACACCGUCACGGAAGACGGAAGCCUGAGUAUCAAGGGCGCCGUCAGGAAAGACGAAGGCCACUACGUGUGCAGCGCCAUUAGUCAAGCCGGUGCCAGCACCGCGACCGUAUUUCUUCAGGUGACGUCCGUGGAGGAGACACCGCCGCCCAUAAUCGAGCUGGGGCCCGCGAACCAGACUCUGCCGCUGAAGAGCGUCGCCUCGUUGCCGUGCCGCGCGGUCGGUACACCCACGCCGCGGGUUCACUGGCACAAGGAAGGCGUGCUCGUCCGGCCCGGCGGCCGUAUCACAAUGGCCAUCAACGGCACUCUGUUUAUCGACGACCUGCGCUCCAACGACUCCGGACUGUACACCUGCAUCGCCUCCUCGGAGUCCGGCAAUACGUCCUGGUCGGCGUACCUGACGGUGAGUGCCGGUGCGAGCUUCCACAGGACGCCCGACAUAUCGGCCCUGCCGCAGAAUCCGAGCAAGCCGCGGAUAGUGAACGCCACCAGCAAUUCCGUCACCCUCACGUGGAGCCCGGGUCACGAGGGUCAGAGUAAGAUCAUCGGCUACAACGUCGAGUACUACAGCAGCAACCUGAACACCGGCUGGGUGGUGGCGGCCACUGGUGUUCUCGACGACGUCUAUACGGUGACAGAUUUAAGGCCGGAGACCAAUUACGUCUUCCUAGUACGAGCGGAAAAUAGCCACGGGCUCUCGCUACCCGGGCCGCUGUCUGACGUGGUGCAAACUACUAACGUAAAUCAGCAUACGGUACCGCAAGUGGAACUGACUCGCACUAGAGAUCGGCUAAACAGCGAGAUUUUACAUCUCAAAGAGGUGCAACCGCUGAGCAGCACGAGCGUGAAGAUCAUGUGGGACAUUCUCGGCGCGGCGGAUCUAGUGGAAGGUCUUUAUAUACGGUAUCGUGAGGUAUCCGAGAAACCGGAAUAUCAGAUGGUCACGGUGCUCAACGCCGGCGCCACCAGUUACGUGCUGACCAGCCUGAGAAAGUACACGCGUUACGAGUUCUUUCUCGUUCCCUUCUAUAAAAUAAUCGAGGGCCGGCCCAGCAACGUGAAACUGGUCACCACGCUGGAGGACGUGCCUUCGGGCGCUCCCGAGAACGUCCACGUGGGCAUGAUAAACAUGACCUCGGCGUACGUUCGGUGGUCACCGCCGCCGAAGAACACUCAGAACGGCCAAUUGAUUGGUUACAAGAUUCAGAUCAAGAGCAACAGCAGCAACAAGAUCCUGGGCCAAAUGUCCCUGAACGCGUCUACCACGUCGGUGAUCAUCAACAGCUUGAACACCGGCGGACUGUACACGGCGCGCGUAGCUGGACUGACGCGCAUUGGACUCGGUCCUUUUUCCAGUCCGACAUUACUGAACAUGGACCCAGGACAGUUGACGCAAUUACCACCUCGCACCGACCCUAGCCACGGGGACGCCUCGGUCGUACGAGAGACAUGGUUUUUGGUGUUGAUGAUAACAAUGGUGUUCACUGUUAUCGCCGUGCUGCUGGCCGCCGUAUACGUCAGACGCAGACAAGCGAUGAGCAAACAACUAGGCCACUUAAACGUACCCGUGGGUACGGCGAAUGACAUUUGUCAAUUGAAUAAAGACACCCUGUGGCUGGAGCGCGGCUGGAGACCUACUAAUAAUACCCUUCAGGGCACCACCGAUAAGGACUGUGAGACUAAGCUGCUCAGCAAUCAGCACAUGUUGGCUGCCGGUAUAAUGGGUAUGACCGGAUCGGAGUAUGCUGAAGUGAAUCUCACGACGUUCUAUAACACGCGCAAGCAGAUGCAGGCACCACCCCCAGAGCCAUACGCCACCACGACUCUGUGCGUAGGCAGCCGUAGUCCCGACUCGAUCGAAACUAGCGGUCAGAAGUCCAACUCCAGCGACUCGUGUCUGAAGCCGGACUACUCGAGCUUGGACUCGAAUCAAGAGCCCAACAACAAGUCCACGGUGUCGCCCAGCAGCGACAACAUGAGCGGCGGCGCCUACACGGACGAGAACGCGGACGUGCAAAGGCGGCAAUAUAGAAUAGCCGGCGCGAGCGGCGACGCGCCCUCGCAAACCGGUAUGCCCAACUGGUGCGACAUGUUGCCCCCGCCGCCUGAACACCCGCCCCCGCUCAGUGGCUCGAUGGUCGGCCGGAUGCAUCAGCAUCAGCAUUCGCAACAGCAGCAGCAGCAGCAGCAGCAACAAGUGCCGUUCAGUCCGCAUCUCGGUAAGAGAAGCAUUCAGAACGAUUUGGAUCAUUGCGGAUCCGGCUCCGGCUCGGGGAACUCGCAGAGUCCGCCUACUCCGCCUAUCAGAGUGACCAACAGCUUCAGUCCGUCACCCACACCUUGGAACGGGCAAGGCCAAUACGAACCAGGCGCCCUCCAGGUGCCGGGUGGCAACCUCUCGGUUCAGCAAGGCAGAUACACGACGUUACCACCGCAGACGAAUCCGCCACCGUUACCCUCGUUCCCGCAGGGUUACAAUCAUUACGAUUACAAGAGUCAAGAGAACGAGUACGAGAGCGGUUCGGUCAUCUACGGUCACCAGAACGGCCUACCCGACGACUACGGCGCCCACGAGGCCGGAUUCGUGCGCUCUAGCCAGCCACAUCUGACCUCGUCGGCGGUGAACGAUGACCUGUACCGGCACAAGGACGAAAUGUUUCACAACGACAAUCUUUAUCAACCCGAGAACGACGAGUGGGACAGGAAGUCCUGCGACUCCAACACGCACUCGGACGCGUGCUGCUCGUGCUCGGAGUCGAGUUGCCUGUACGCCGACACGAUGGAGUACAACAAUGCGCAGUUCGGCACUGCGUGCGGCCACAGUGGUGCUGGCAGCAGAACGGGCUCCCGCAGUAGGAGCAACAGGAGCCCGCGAAGAAGAAACAGAACGUCCUCGCCCACGUACAGUAGCGAUAGCAACUACUCCUGCAUCCCUCAGAAGCAAUGCGGGAGCACAAACUCGCAGGAGAGACUGAGGCAUAAUCGUAGUAAAGACAAACUGCCCGGUUUCUCAAGGACGGCUGGUUACACCCAGCACAAUUCCUCGGCCUCCAACACGAUGAGCAGUACAGGCAGUCAGCGAUACAAUAAGCUAAAUAGUAUCUUUCUAAGUGGCAAUAAUCCAAACGCUCCGACGGAGACUAGUCGACUGGGUGAUCACCGUGGUGAAAGCUAAAUUUUCCGGACGUAGUAAGUACAGAGGAAGAAAAAGGAAGAAGUGAAAGAAGAAGAAGAAGAAGAAGGAAGGGACUUGUGCCUGAACGAACGGCCUUCGAUCACAACGAACGAUCACAAUCACGCUCGGGCUCAAUCUCGGGGAUGAGGAGGCCGUUUCGCAAUCAGCAAUGUCGCGGUCGCGAGUACGGCUCGACUGUUUACUCUUAUACACGUAGUCGAGCGGAGCCCGUAAAAGUUGUACCGUGGACACGUACAAGCAUCGCGAUCUGAUUCGUUGAUUAAAUGUACGCAGUGCGCUCAUUGAUAACAAUCGAACUCGCGAGGCGGAUCGAUCAUAAUAAUUGCCCCGUCGUAAUGCGAAACAAGAACGUUUGAAGAAACGAAUCUCGCGUCUCGAAUAGCCGCUUUAACGUAAUAUUAAGUAAGGAUGUUGAUAAGUCUCGCGAGACACACGCGGGAUAUUCGAUGACUGAAAGAGACAGAAAGAAAGAAAAAGAGAGAGAAAUAGAGCGAGCGCUUACGCUUAGCCGAUCACGGUUGAGAUAAGAGCUUAAGCUCCGAGGAGUGUACAGCCUAAUUUUUGUGUUCGUAUGAUGCGCAAUAACGGUCUCUUGCCGCGGGGAAGGACCACAACUUCGACACAUGAGAAGAGGAGAGAGAGAGAAAGAGAGAGAGAGAGACUUCGACGCGAGGACACGUUGCCUCGCGGUCGAUGUCUGCGCGCGCAAUAGCGAUAACGAUAGCGCUUUAACGGCUACGGCCGAUGGACCCCCCCGCCCCUCUCCGUUAUACAUAAAUAUAUAUGUAUAUAAAUACACGCGAGACGCACUCGAUCGAGUCUUUUGACACACUCGGUAACUCGGAUAAGGGCUUUCAAGAAAAAAGGAUCGCGAGGAAGCGACGGCAGCAGCAGCGCGCGUGUAGUAUUAAUUUUUUCUUCGAGCGAACUUCUGCCAAAUAGACUGAUUAUCGUUAUAUCAUCGGACGCUUGCUUAGUCUCUUUUGCGUUGUGCAUUCUUUACUUUCUAAUUUACGUCGGCGAGAAGCGAGUGAGACGCGAUCCUAACUAUCGAGCAAUAUUGCAGAGGACGUAGGAAGGGGAGAGCAAAGGAAGGAGGAAGCCGGUGAAGUUCCUCGCGAGAAAUCGCGAGCACGAUUUGGCUCUAUCGCCCCUUAAAUAUAUCCCUCGCGAGUGGCGAGGAGUCGAAAUUCCCAAGCGGCUACGCCGAGGAGGGUAUGUGUGUGCACGUAUCGUAACGUAAUCGUUUCGAUUUAUAUCGUUCGUACGCUCUCUCGACUGCCAUAUUAUAUACUGCCAUUCCCGCUGAUAUCAUGCGCGCAUUGAGUAAGGGUACUCUAAGGCUAGGUCUAAUUAAGUUAUUUCUCGCGUACGCUCUUUUGAAAACGAUCGCCUAGUUUCAGCUCGAGGUGCAGACAGGCACCUGAUGACGACGACGAUGAUCGACGGUGGCGGCGACGGCGGCGUCGAAGGUCCUCGCGCGCAGCCGCUGUGGGAUUUAAAUAUUUAAGGACACGAGUGUCGCACGUGGAUGUUUCAAAGACUUUUUGACACGGCGAUAGCACAAAUGGAAAGAGAGAGAGAUGGAGAAUACACACAGGUUCCCGUGAAUAACGGACUAGGUGCGCUCUCGGGCGCGAACAAAGGACUCGUGUCGCGCAAGCCGCCUGUAUGGAUUAGGCAAAUAGAACUCGUCGCAAUUCGCCGACGCGAGAGAUAAUCCUUUCGUUACGACGGCUUACGAUAUAGGUUUCUGGCCGAAAAGUCCCCCGACACACAUCGCUGUUCGGUUGUAAGGCCAAAAAGUAACCUCGCGACCAGCAAAAUACAGCGAGCAGCUUAGAGCCGUGCUGGCGCUAAACGAGCUCGUUCGAUUCCGUACACAUUGUAGUGUCUCCCAUUUACGUUAGAAGGCCGACAGUUUGAAUAAAAAAUAGCUUCAAUUGAUUUUAAUAGAAUGAUUUUACAUUUUACGCCAAAUGCAAACAGACCUUUUGCUCUGGCGGACGAUUACUUCGUUGUUUCUAAUGAUUAGGGAUUAGGUGAUUAUUGUUGCCCUUCUGGUAAUCAAUGGAUGCCCGAGCAGAUGGUAACCGUCGUGGCGAAAGGACUGAUACAUCGCGCACGAUGAGAGACAAUUCGCGCUCGACGGCGCGACCGACCUUCACCGUUGUAAAGUGUGGCAUUUAUUUUCGACUGCCUGUACAUUCUGGCCACGACAAAUGGAGCAUAUAUUAUUUUGGAUAUAACGUUCCUAAAUCCUAAGGCGGCCGAGGGCUAAUUUCUACAAACGGUGACGUAUAAUUCUUCCAAGACGAACGCGCACGUAGUAAUACGUUAAACGAAACGAAGCAACAAUAAACGCGAAAUAUACAUAUGUGUAUAUAUAUAUACAUAUAUACAUGUACACAUAUAUAUGUAUAUAUAUGUAUAUAAUUAUUAUUAUCAUAUCACUUAUGCGAUCCCUGUAUAAAUUGUACAAAGUUACUCUAAUGAGAUUAGUCAUUAGUUAUUAAUUUAUACGCUGUAUCAAUCGAACUCGUAUUACGUAAGCGAGAGGGAAAGAGAGAGAGAGAGAGAGAAAGAUAAAGUAACAAGAUAUCUCACGUGUACUCCAUUAAUUGCACAAACUGAUACGCGAGUGAAAGAAUGUUUUGUCGUCGAAGGAAAAAUGUGCGCUUCGAAGCUGUCAACGAUACUGCCGGAUAUAAAAAGAACGUUGUUCUCGAACGCGCGUACCUGAUUCUCCGAUUUUAUCGGACAUUUCCGUCGCCAUCGUCGCGGUCUAAAUUCGUUCUUGUGCAACAGGAAUUAUACAAUAUCGAGACGCAUCGUGAAAGAAUUUAUAUAAUAUGGCAUAUGCACUACGCAAUAAAUUAUACAAAUUUUUAUCUUAGUGUCGGAUGUUUUUUGUCGUCGGUGUUCAAUCACUAUUGUUCAAGCUAGCAUUUUCAGUGAGGAUAAAAGGAGGGAGGACCUGUUAUUUCACACAAGACGAAUACACAGCCUGGACAGCCAGAUCUGUCUCCGCAGAUUUUGCAAAGUGUCGCGUGCAGUUUUGUUGGCAGCGCGCCAGCGGAAACGUAACAAGAACGGAGUGCAGCUGCGAGCAGGAUCCGGCCGUUUCGUGAGCGUUUAAACAGAAUAUACGGCGAACUCUGCUUGCGCGCGCACCAAUCCGCUGUAGGAAUCCGCGAAUUUAACACAGCCGAUGCCGUGAUAUUCCGAGCGAAUCUGCUGCCAAACUGUCAGCGACACCGUUGACACUUUGUUCACUCGCCGUAUAGAAAAGACAGCUUAUUGAAGUAAACUUUAGAAUAGUAGAAGAGCGACAACGCGCACCGCAGCGAUUCGUAUUUGCGAAGCGAUACUUAAACCCUCGCAAUAUUUUCCUCACUUUACGUUCGUUGUUUGACUUUGCGAGUCGCCGAGCUUUAACCGUCAAAGAGCCGCGGACAACAAAGUAUCUUUGUACUCGAGAUCCACCAACGUAUCGAAAGUAUGCGUCGAAGAAUGAAAAAAAAAAAUUGCGUACCACAUAAGAAGCCGCGAAUUCUUAUCAUCGUCCCUCGUCUUUCUCUCCUUUGAAACGCACAUUUUUAAUAGGAGAGAGACGGCGUGUGUCUAUGGUCGCGUCUGUUCGCUAUUAGGGAUGUUGCGAUACCAUGAGAGUAUCAAUAUUCAUAUUGAAACGAGAGAUUCAGAUCAAGAUUAUCGAUAUCAUUAGUAUUAUCAAUAUCAGAACAAAAAUAUCGAUAUCGGAACGCAAAAAAACUUAAAAUUAAAGAAAAUAUAAAAAUCAGGGAAGUGUUGGUUUUGCAAGCUACUCUUUUAAAUGUUACGUUUACGAAUAAUAAUCUUAUUAUAAAGUUCCUCGCUGUCUUAAUGACUGUCUUGAUUCGAUGACGUCAGAAACGAGAAAUCGUACGCCAAAAAUUGUUACGGCACACAUGGAAAUAAAACAAUAUACGCAUAAAAUGACACUCUUGAUCGACUUCGCACAUUUGUAUCGUAUCUCUUUAUUUUUACUUCAGCUUACAAUGCUAGGAAGUUCUUAGUUUUACUUUAACCUUAUUUUUUUACAUUUUUUCCUACACCACUUCUUUCUUUUUCUUUUCGCCUCUUAUUCUAGUUAUUUCCUAUCCUACUCCUCUUCGCACACUUGUAAAGAUGUCCGCUUUUUACUACAGCAAUCAAUAAAUAACUGCAGAAAAAUUUACUUAACAAAAAUCAUAAGAUGGAUUUAAAACAUAAGUUGCCUGUUACACUAAUUUUCUAUUUAUUGAGUGUUGAAAUAAAAGAAAAGCGUCAGAAUAUUUUUACAAGUGUACUGAAUCGAUCACGAAUGUCGUUUUGCGCAUAUAUUGUUUCCAUGUAUACUAUAAUAAUUUCUGGCAUGUGAUUUCUCGAAAAAAAAAAGAUAUUGAAACGAAGCAAUACUGAUAUAGGUGCGAAUAUUGAAAGAAAAUAUCGAUACAAAAAUAUCUCUGCUAUUGAAAGAAAAAUAUCGAUACCAAUAUUAUAUUAGUAGUAUCACAACAUCCCUCGCGAUAUUUGCGACAUCGCGUUUACGGCUGAUACGGACCAGCGUUCCUCUCGCGAUCCGAUCUCCAAUAGACGGGUCUAGAUGUACUCUCUAAAUUUUUUUCGAAUGAAAUUGCACUCGAACAGUGGAGUGACAACCAAGUCACUCGAAUUCGAGUGAUUUUUCACUCGUGCAGAGUAAAUUCUUCAUUUCGGAUUCAUCGAGUGAAUAUUUUUAUUUGAAAUUGAAGAGUGAAUUUUACUUCACCGUCAUGCUGGAACAAAUUCACUCUGAUCAAUCGAAACAUCCACUCCGUGUGGUUUCGGAAUCUCUCCUGAGUUCGAAUUAAAUAUUCACUCUUAUGAUUCCGAGUGGCGCAAUAUCUUUACUAUUGCUUCGAGUGAAUCCUCACUUAUUUUCAGUGAGACUUCAUUGCGAGGAAUUUAGAGAGUAGCCUGACCACUUCUUCAGGAAUACAAAAGAAGAUCGAUAAAUCGAUUAUUGGGAAAAUUUAGACGCGUAGAUUUGUAAAAUGCUCGCCGCUCUCCGAGCUCUCCGCUCGCGCAUCGCGGAUAUUCUGUAUUUGAUAACUAAACUUUGAUGACUAAACUAAAAUGUUUAAUUCGUGUUCAACAUACGACUCGGGGAACGCUGUUUAAUCGACCAAGUUUUCUUUUUCCUUUUUACAUAUACACGCAACCGAGAAAUAUCUUUAUGGGAUCCUGGUAGCGCAUUACAGGGAAAAUCUCUUCUCCCCCGUAACGCGGUGACCGCACGAGCAACGAGGAUGAUUGCGCAACUUACUGAUCGGUUACGAGCCUCGAUUAAGUAAGAACGAGCGUAACGGAUUAGCGUAAUUGUAACGGCGCGACGGACGCAACUUGUAACUUGUUCAACGCGUCAACAAAUCGCUCAAAUUUGUUAUAUAUACAUGUACAUGUGUACGAUUAGUUCUACCAGUCGCGUGUGCCAGACUGCAAAUUGCCUGAAUACAGAAGUGGGAUACGACGGAUGAUAAGACAGACACUAUCUCGCGCAUUCGAACGCUCAACACGAUAAAGCCACACUGCUACAUGUAAAAUACCGUAAAAGGAGCUCACACAUACACACACAAACUCUCACAAACACACAUACAGAAAUUGCGAUCUCUAGAAGAUGAUUUCUCCGAGAGAAAGAAACACAAACGGAGAAAACAAAGAAAGAAGUAAUUAACUAACAGAGAUAUUGAAUUAAAUUUGUUAACUGAGAGAGUUGAACUUAAGGUCUAUCUAGGUAAUAUACGACGUAGUGAUGUAAGUAUCGGUAUGCGAGUCUAUUCGCGCGCCUGCUCAUGGCUGCGUGCGGAUAAAUCCACAUAUUCAAUAAAAAGUCCAUCCAAGCAGGCGAAGAAACAAAUAAAACGAAUAGGUGGAGAGAGAGAGAGAGAGAGAGAGAGAAAGUGUGUGUGUGUUUGUGCGUACGUAUGUAUGUGUGUGUAUGUGUGGAUAUCUUCUCGAUAGGCUUAAGCUAAAAGAAUGAGAGCGGGUCGUCGAGUAUCGCUACUGCGGCGGCACCACUGCCAGAAAAGAAGCAUCUCAUUAAACGUAAUUAGAUAGAA